AUGAGGCGCCGGGUUGAGAGUGGCGGAGGCGGUAAUCGAGGGCACGCUGAAGGUCGAUUUGGAGGCGGAGUUGAGGAAAUUCUCGAGCUCCCUGAGUUGGCCCGGUUCUUGAGCAGCUGGAGAUCGGCGUCCGCGGAGGAGCGCACCUCGCGCCACCCCUUGGAUAUGAAGGAUAAAGCCUUCUCCGCCGUCACGAUGGAGCUGCUGGAUCCCGACGACUUCACCGUCGGGGAGGCCGACCAAGCCUCCGGCGGCUUGAAAUUCAUCGGUUCCUCUAACUAUUUCUUCUCUGUUUUCCGAUCAAUUUCUAGGGCUACGGCGAAUAGGAAGAUUGAAUGGCGGAGGAUAAAGUUCCUGCGUGUGAGGAUAUCCACAUACCAUGUUCGCGAGCGGCAGCAACCGGCGGCUUCAGGCAAAUGGCGUCAGUCGCGGCGUAUCGUCGAGCGAAAUCAAGCACCAUUGCCAAGAUUUGUCGGGUUCAAGAAUCAGCAUAGCAUCAAUACAAUCGGCGACUGCUCAGAUGUCCCUUUUGUUCUUUCAUCAGCUCAGAUCUAA